AUGGAGCAGAGCGUGAGCAACCGGUAUGGCCUGCCGCUGCUGCUAGGGCAGCUGCUGGCGCUUAUGGGCCACGGGGGCGCCUUCUACCUCGAGGUGCGCGAGCUGGAAGAGAAGUGCUUCAUCCAGGAGAUCCCCGAUGGUACCGUGGUCAUAGGUAACUACAAGACUGAGCUAUACGAUCCAGCUAUGGAAAAGUACCAGCCCUCCCCACAGUGGAUCAAUUUGUUCGUGUUUGUGAAGGACCCCGAGAAUAAGAACCUCCUGGCCCGGCAGUACGGCCCUCAGGGAAGCUUCACCUUCACCUCUCAGUCUCCAGGAGAGCACCAGAUCUGCCUCCACCUCGAGUCCAUCCGGUUCGCUCUCUUCUAUGAUGGCAAGCUGGCCAUUCACUUGGACAUGCAGUUGGGUGAACACACCAAUGAUUAUGCAGGAUUUGCGGCCAAGGACAAGCUGACCCAGCUGCAUCUGCGCCUACAGCAGCUUGUGGAACAGGUGGAGUUGAUCCAGAAGGAGCAGGAGUACCAGAGGUGGCGAGAGGAGCGCUUCCGGCAGACAAGCGAGAGCACCAACCAACAGGUGCUGUGGUGGUCCAUUCUGCAGACCCUCAUCCUGGUUGCCACCGGUGUCUGGCAGAUGCGGCACCUCAAGAGUUUCUUUAAAGCCAAGAAGCUGGUGUAGGUGGGCCCCAGAAACCUAGCCCCAAAUCAUUCCCUUUCUCUUAACUGAUGGCAAGUGGCCUGGCCUGGCAUAUUUCCUGACUUCGGAUUUCCCCCAACCCCACGGGGGUUGGGACCGGGGUGGGGGGGUUGGGGGGGUCCAGCCAUGGGGGAUGGGGACAGAGGACCUCUUUGAACUGGUCUCUCUGCCGGCACUUGGGAGAGGAUGGGUUUCCUGCCAGCCACUUGGCUGGGGAGCUGCAGGAUUCUCUGGGGCUCUGGGCUGCUGAGGAGGAAGGGGAGGGUGCCCCCAUCCCCCAUGGCUAAGCCGGAUAUAUUGUCCCAAGAUGGAGAGAAUUAAGAGCAUCUAUAAACUGCCAACUUUCUGACCUGAA